AUGGCUAUUAAUAUUAAUAUUGACUCUAUUCUGAGCGCUCUAGGAUGGGAAGAUGGAUUUCGAAUUCCGGUUGCGAACGCGGAGAACAAACAAUUAGAAGAAGAAAUUGAAAAGAAAAUGAAAUUGAAAGAAAAUUUAACCAUGAAGCUCGAGUUUACGGAGGAAAGGCUUAAAAUGAUGAAAAACCGUCAGAACAACUUAAAGGCGGAACACGAUAUGAAUCAGAAACUUUUGAACGAGCAUUCGACGCAACUCGAAACCAAGAAUCAUCAUUAUCGGUUGUGCUGCAGCACGGAAUCGAGUUUACGGCAGGAGGCGCGAGAUUUCGAAAAGGAGUGGAAGAAGGUCAGCGAAAUGGUGGCGAACAUUAAAAAGGAAUUGGAAAAGAUGACGAAGAAAAUCGAGACGUCGAAGAAAGCAGUGAAAUACGACGAGAAAAGUCUACGGGAAUGGGAAGAUGCAUUGAAUCAAAAUGAAGAUAAUAAUCAACUGAUAGAGCAAUAUCUAAAGGAAGAUUUGAAAGAGUAUAAGGAAUUGGAACUACGAAGACAAAAGCUGAGUAAGGAUUUGCUAUUAUACCGCGAGGCAAUUAUUAAAAUAACUAAUGAAGGACGAGAAACUGAAAUUGUUCUCGAUCGAACCAGUAAACUAUACGAUCAAGCGUUAACAGACUAUCAACAAAUGUUCAAUCAGUGGAAAGAAAGUGUAAUCAUGUUGCAACAAAGAAACGACGACAUUCAACGUGUUUUAAAAGAAAUCGAAACGUUUCGCGAUAUCACACAAGAUAAGAGAAACACACUCGAGGAAUCGGACAAAUUUUUAAAGGAGCAAAACGAAAAUAAUAGGCAGGUUGAAGAAUCGAUUAAAAAAUUGGAGAAAAAUCUCUGCAAUGUGAAAGAAGAACAACGGAAAGUGAAAGAAACUCUGAGCAUAUACGAGAACGAACUUAUCAUACAAAAAAAUAUUAUGAAAGAAUCUAGCAACCGUGUAGAACAAGUGCGAACUGAUAUAAAACGCAAAGAGACCGAGAUACAGAAAAAAUAUACGAAGAUAGAGAAAUUAAACGAGCAAGUGGGUGAAUUAACUACAAAGUUGCAAGAUAUAGACGGCCAACAAUUAAAUAUUAAAGAAAAAGCAAAAGAAUUGGAAGAUAUGAUUGAGGAGCAAGAGAAAAAAAAAGUUGGAAUGAUUAAGGAAGUGAACCGAUUACAAAACGCCAAUUUACGCGUAACAAAUCAGCUGAAGAAACUGGAAGAUGAGAGUAAAAUUAUAAAUAUGCAUUAUCAAAAUGAGUCAAAAAAGUUCGAGUAUUUGGAUAAAUUGUACACUAAGGAUGAGAAAGUAUUGGAAGAAAAAAAGGAAGGCCUCUAUCAAGUAGAAUUCGAAUUACAAAAAUCUGAAAUGAAAUUAGAUAGACUAAGGGGUCAUGAGCGAGAUAAAUCUGAAGCAGAAAGAAAACAGAUGAAGAUUGAGGAACUGCAGGGUAUUUUAAAUGAGAAGAUGAAAGUAUCAAAAUUGAUGCAAAAUCAAAUCUCAAGUUUAGAACACGAUAUGAGAAAAAUGUCUAAUAGUCUGACGAGUGACAACAAUGAAUUAGAGUAUUUACGAAACAAGAGACAGGAUCUGGUUCUUCUCAUGGAUGCAGGAGAGAAGCAACUAAAAUCCGCUCAAAAUCGUUAUGAAGAAAAACAAGUAGAGGAAAGUCUCUUGCGACUUAAAGCAUCACAAAUGGAAAAAAUGAUAUCUAAUCUUGGGGAUAGUGUAUAUGACUUGGAAAAGUAUCGACUCGAGUUAGCAGCUGCCAUAAAAGAACGCAAAGCAGAAAUAGAUGUGCAGAAAGAAUCACUUGUUAUUAAAAAGAGGGUCGCUAGUAGCGAGUCUUCAGAAAUAAAAAAUGCUAUAUCUGAAAGAAAAAUACGAAUAAACCAACUACAGGCAAGAUACGAUAAUGGUAUAGCUAUGUUGGGCACUAAUCCUGAUGGUACACCUGUAAAUACUACGCAUUUGAAGAUUCAAAAUGCACAAGAAAGGUAUCUUUUGCAAGAGCAAGGCGAUAAGUUAGAUGAAACUAUAACGAAAACUGAACUUGAAAUACAAGCAAUGGAGAACACAUUACGGCUAAUAAAUGUUUGUAAUGAUAAGUAUAAGGCAGCGACUUUAACUACGGAUGAGAAAAAUAAACCUGAACUAGAGGAGCAUAGAAAAUUGGAUGAAGAACUAUACACUGCAGAAGAGAGUUUAAAGCAAAAAAAGAUGGAACUGCAGUGCUUAACAGACAAUUUACAGAAAAUGAAAAAUGAAUAUACUCAUGUCUUAAAACGCAUCGAUGAAAUUCAAGAACAAAAAGAAAAUAAGAAUCAGUACUUGGUUGAGCUAAGUCAAUACAUUCAUGAUCAGAAAGAAAAAAUAUUAAGAGCAGACAAAAGUUUAAGGAAUGUUCAGAAAGUUAUUCAACAAAAGUUUGUAGCUACAGGAGACAAUACAAUACUUAUACAAGAGAAAGAGGUAGAACUACGUGAACUGCAAGAACAAAAUUCUAUUGUUUUACAAGAUAUUGCAGAAUUUACAAUUCAUCAUGUGGAAGCAGAAGCUUAUAUUAAGAAACUUCUGGCUGUUAAAAAUAUAGAGUUACCAUCUAUUCCAUUAACUAUACAAUCACCAAUAUCAAGUCACUCUUAUAGCACCAAGAAUUCGGUGGAAUGUGUACCAAAGGCUAUAAAUCGUGGAAGCAUUGUUUCAUCAUCUAGAGAAAGUAUUAGAAAAGUUGUCAAUAUAAUUCCUGAAUUUGAAACACUCACAUCACAAACUUCAAUCAAAAGAAUUACCAAAUACGAACAACAAUCUGUAAAAACAGUACACAGUAGUACCACAAAAAAAACUUUCUAA